AUGCUCAGCCGCACCAUCCGCACCACCACCGCAUCGAGGUCCCUCCACCGCGCCCUCCCUUCCACGAGCACCCUCGCCGCCCGCGAGCCCGGCAAGAUCCUCGAGGACAACUCGGUCGACCUCACGGCCCUCGCGAAGGAGGGCAAGCUUGACCCGGUCAUCGGUCGAGAGCAAGAGACGAGGCGCAUGAUCGAGAUCCUGUCGAGGCGGACCAAGAACAACCCGCUCCUGAUUGGCGCCGCCGGUGUCGGAAAGACGGCCGUCGUCGAGGGCCUCGCGCAGAAGAUUGUCGCCGGCGACGUGCCCGAGUCGCUCAAGAACCGCCGCCUCCUGUCGAUCGACCUGGCCACGCUCAUGACCGGCACCGGCGUGCGCGGCUCGUUCGAGGAGAAGAUGAGCGGCUUGAUCAAGGACCUCGAGGAGAGCGACAACACCAUCGCCUUCAUCGACGAGAUCCACCAGAUCCUCAACCUCGGCAAGGCCGAGGGGUCGCUCGACGCCGGCAACAUGCUCAAGCCGGCCCUCGCGCGCGGCCUCCAGAUCGCCGGCGCGACCACGCUCGACGAGUUCCGCACGAUCGAGAAGGACAAGGCGCUCUUGCGCCGGUUCCAGACGCUCCGGGUCGACGAGCCGUCGGUCGAGGCGGCCGUCACCAUGCUCCGUGGCCUCAAGCCCAAGCUUGAGGUCCACCACGGCGUCACCAUCUCGGACUCGGCCAUCGUGUCGGCCGCCGUCAUGUCGACCCGGUACAUCGCCGACCGCCACCUGCCCGACAAGGCCAUCGACCUCGUCGACGAGGCCGCCGCGUCGCUUCGGCUCCGCAAAGAGUCGCCGCCCGAGGAGCUCGACGCGCUCAAGCGCACCAUGACGACGCUCCAGAUCGAGCUCUCGUCGCUCGGCAAGGACACGGACGCCGUCGCGCGCGAGCGCCGCGCCGAGAUCGAGGGCGAGCUCAAGACGCUCCAGAGCCGGGUCGACGAGAUGGAGCGCGAGUGGCGGGGCGAGCGCGAGCGGGCCGAGGAAAUCCGCAGCGCGAGGGAGGAGCUCGAGCGCAGGAGGUGGGAGCUCGACGAGGCGCAGCGGGCCGGCGACUACCAGCGCGCGAGCGAGUUGAGGUACUCGGUGCUGCCGGCGUUGGAGAAGAAGCUCCCCAAGGAGGGCGAGGAGGGCAGUGACGAGGGCGGGUCGAGGGUCACGAGCGACGACAUUGCCCGCGUCGUGUCCAAGGCGACGGGCAUCCCGACAACGACCCUGCUUCGCGGCGACCUGUCGCGCCUCAUCGACCUCGAGUCGGUCCUGCGCCAGCGUGUCAAGGGCCAAGAGCCCGCCAUCGAGUCGGUCGCGUCGGCCAUUCGCCUUUCUCGCGCCGGGCUCCACACGGGCAAUCGCCCGAUUGCCUCGUUCCUCUUCCUCGGCUCGACGGGUACCGGCAAGACCGAGCUCGCCAAGGCGCUGUCGCAAGAGCUCACGGGGACUGAGCGCAACCUCAUCACCAUCAACAUGAGCGAGUACCAGGACAAGCACACGGUGUCGCGCUUGAUCGGGGCGCCGCCGAGCUACGUCGGGUUCGAGGAGGGCGGCCAGCUCACCGAGGCCGUCCGCCGCAAGCCAUACUCGGUCGUCCUCUUCGACGAGGUCGAGAAGGCGCACAAGGACGUCGCCAACAUUCUUCUUCAGCUCCUCGACGAGGGCAAGCUCACCGACUCGCAAGGCCGCGUCGUCGACUUUAAGAACACGACCAUCAUCCUCACGUCCAACAUCGGCUUCGACAUCUUGUCCGAGCCCGGCGCGACCCUCGAGGACGGCACCGUCACCGACCGCGCUAAGGAGGCCGUCAUCGGCCGCGUUCAGGGAAUGUACCCGCCCGAGCUGCUGAAUCGCCUCGACGAGAUGAUCGUCUUCAACUCGCUGUCGCCGUCGACCAUCUCGUCCAUCGUCGACCUGCGCCUGUCCGAGGUCCAGCAGACGCUCAACCACUCGCCCGCCGCGCCUGACCGCCGCAUCGGCCUCGCCGUCGACCCUGCCGCGCGCUCGUGGCUCGCCACGCAGGGCUACCACCCAGCAUUCGGCGCGCGCGCGCUCAACCGCCUCAUCAACCGCGAGGUGCGCAAGCCGCUCGCCGAGGCCAUCCUUCGAGGCGAGCUCGCCAACGGCGACACGGCGCGCGUCGGGCUCAACGCGCAGGGCUCGGGCCUCGAGGGCGAGAGCGAGGGCGAGAGGCGGGCGCAAGAGGCGUGAGCGGGAUCGAGCGAGCGCGGUGCGGGCGGCGGGCAGUGCCUUGAGUGGAUCGUCGAAGGCAAGCCGGGGGAUAGGAGCGUGGGCAGCAGCUUGAUGGGUCGGCCGGCGCGCGCGCGUGGGGUGCGGGCGGUCGAGGCUGAGCGUCGCGCGCUUGAGAAGGGCACGAGAGGCGCGCUUUGUGCAUAGUCGUGUAGCACCGUGUGGCAACGCAUUGUUG